GCCACAAGAGUGAUGUUUGAAACAGGUACAGAGAAACCUUUGCCCAAAAAUGUCCCGAUGGCCACUCCAGAGGCGAUUGAGUUUAUGUCCAGCGUGGGAGAAGAGGAGCUGGGCCUUUGCCUGUUUGCCGAGUCCUUAUACACGGUGUCUGACCUCGGAGAGGAAUUGGGGUCCUUCACGGUCAGCGUGCAGCCUGCGUACUACGAGCUGGAAGGAUACGAGCAUGAGAAGUGCUUCCUUGUUCAUGCCUCCAGCCAGGGCUCCGUCGAUGGCGUUCCGUGCGGCACCUCGAUAGUUGGCUACGUUUCGCAGAAAUUAGAAACGCUGGAGCAGCAUCACCACGAAUAUAUAAAGGUUCGGGGGCAUUGUGUGGAUAAGAAGACUCACAUGCGGAGGCAAGGAGACCGGCUGGUGAUUACGCGAGUUAUUACGGAGGGCGAGAAAGUGCGAAAUGAAAGUACUUCUCAUCCCUCGAGCCUGCUGAGCGGGUGGGUUUCCGAGGCGUCCAGCCUGCUGAUUAUGCGGAUUUUGGCUCGGAGGAAGAUAUCAGAACGCUUGGUGUUCCUGGCUUUCGACGCGGAGAUGAAUUUGUGCGCGUCGAGCUAUAGCGAGCUGGGAUCGCGCACGCAGCUGAUUGGAAGAGACACGGCGGAGGUUUACGGCAUAGAGCAUACAGUCGAUUCCGACGACAUCCCCGUCGCGUGGCACUGCCACUUCCUCACAGACGGACAUUUGACAAGUCGGGUCCAGAUAGGAUCGCCCGUUUAUUUUACGCUCACAAAGAUGCCAAUAUUAUCAGAAGCAGAGGAAAGUGACCCAAAACCAGUGUUCGAAAAGAAGCCUCUCAUUUGGCAGGAGGACAUGCAGUUACUUUCUGAAUUCCAGGACAGAAAGGAGGAGCUCGUGGCCGACCAUAACACCUACCUCCGCCGGCACCCCGAAAUCAAGAUACUCCUCGCAGAUUUCAUGCAGUUUUUACUCCUGCGGAAGCCUGAUGACAUCAUUACAUUCGCAGCAGAGUUUUUUGGACCAUUCUCCACAAACCAAAGACGUGGAGACUCUUUCCUGUCAUCCCGCAUCUCCAACCCGUUCCGGAACGAGAAAUAAAAGGAAAUAAAGACUUUAAACUAGAGGCGGCUUAACGCUGAUGAGACCUUUAUCGUUUUACUUAAUCUAUUUAGCUACGCCUGUAGGUGGAAGCUCAUGUAGAUCAGACGUUAGCAGCUACACGAAGGACAACUCAGUCUCUUGUUAAUGAACCAAAACCUUUAUUUUUGAACAUUAUAGGUUACAGCUGCCCUUUGUUAAUAGGAACGUGAUACACUUCAGUCAUCAAU